GCGGAAGUGCAAGGGCCGCGGCCUGCCUCGCAGCCAGAGCGGACGGGACCGGGAGGCGCCGCCGCUGUCGCCGCCACCAGAGCCCCGCGCAGCCCCGCGCAGCCGCCAUGAGUGACCAGCAGCUGGAUUGUGCCUUGGAUUUGAUGAGGCGGCUGCCUCCCCAGCAGAUAGAGAAGAAUCUCAGCGACCUCAUUGACCUGGUCCCAAGCCUCUGUGAGGAUCUCCUCUCGUCCGUGGAUCAGCCGCUGAAGAUUGCGCGAGAUAAGGUGGUGGGAAAAGACUACCUGCUGUGCGACUACAACAGAGAUGGGGACUCGUACAGGUCGCCCUGGAGCAACAAGUACGACCCGCCGCUGGAGGACGGGGCCAUGCCGUCCGCGCGGCUGCGCAAGCUCGAGGUGGAAGCCAACAACGCCUUCGACCAGUACAGAGACCUGUAUUUCGAAGGCGGCGUCUCCUCCGUCUACCUCUGGGAUCUGGAUCACGGCUUCGCCGGUGUGAUCCUCAUCAAGAAAGCUGGAGACGGAUCAAAGAAGAUUAAGGGAUGCUGGGACUCCAUCCAUGUGGUGGAGGUUCAGGAGAAGUCCAACGGCCGUACCGCUCACUACAAGCUGACCUCCACUGUGAUGCUGUGGCUGCAGACCAACAAAACGGGCUCUGGCACCAUGAACCUCGGCGGGAGCCUCACCAGGCAGAUGGAGAAGGACGAGACGGUGAGCGACUCCUCCCCGCACAUAGCCAACAUCGGCCGCCUGGUGGAGGACAUGGAAAACAAAAUCAGGAGUACGCUGAAUGAGAUCUAUUUUGGCAAAACGAAGGACAUCGUUAACGGGCUGAGGUCUGUGCAGACUUUUGCAGACAAAUCAAAACAAGAAGCUCUUAAAAAUGACCUGGUGGAGGCUUUGAAGAGAAAGCAGCAAAGUUAAAACGCUCUCCGUGCUCACGAGACAGGCCAUGCACUCAUUAGAUUCCUUUCGUAGAACAACUCCUGGUCCCCCCCUUUUCUGUUACGUCACGUCACGACUCGCACCCAGCGCUGUCCACGCAACGCCAUCCUCCCCAUGAAUAAAGCUCUACAAACUUAGUCAGUCUCUGAGGCCUACUUUGCACCACGUUUCCCAGCGAGACCUUAGGCUCUGUUUCUGUAGAAGUCCAUGGAUUUUCUUUUUUCUCCCCUUGCCCCUCUUGGCCCCUCCUUGCAUUUAUACGCAUAAACACGUAUCAUUGUUUGUCUUUUUUUUUCCUCCCCACCCCUCCCGCCUUUUGUUACAUUGGUGUAAAAAAUGUAAAA